UACAAAGGUGACCAGUAAAGUUCUCUCUGAGCAGCCAAAAAGCAGACAGCUCAUGACUUCUGAUCAGGACACUAAAGUUUUGUCUGAACCGCAGGUGCAGCAAGUACAAGAAGUUAAAGACGGUUCUCAUCUGGAGUCAACCAAGGUUUCUGAGUUAAAUCCUAAUGCAAAGGUGUGGGGAAAUCAUAUGUUACACUUGGAAGCAAGUGGUGCCACUGAUGGUAGCGUGAGCAAAACGUGGGAAGAAAUACCUGACCAACCUCCAGAUUCUUGUAAAGAAGGACUGGAUGCCAAUGGUGAUGGCGACAAAAAGCAUCAGAACGCGGUGCUGACAGAGCUGCAGGAGCCGUCACCAGCUGUUUCAGUGUCAGACCAGACAGAUAUGAACCCUUUGGCUCUCGAUCAUUCUGAGUAUGAGUCUAUGCAUGAAACCACCCAGACAGGUGGAAACGAACAGUUGCAGCCAGAAGGUCAGGAAGAUUUACGAGAAUUACUGAAAAAAACACUGGAAUUCUGCUUAUCUAGAGAAAAUCUUGCCAGUGACAUGUACCUUAUAUCACAGAUGGACAGUGAUCAGUAUGUGCCAAUAAUGACAGUAGCAAAUCUCGAUCAUGUCAAGAAACUCAGUACUGAUAUGGAUUUGAUUGUUGAAGUGCUGAGAUCGUUGCCUUUAGUCCAAGUGGAUGAGAAAGGAGAAAAAGUUAGGCCAAAUCAGAAUCGCUGUAUUGUGAUUUUACGUGAAGUACCUGAAUCUACCCCCAUUGAAGAGGUUGAAGCACUUUUCAAAGGAGAUAAUUUGCCUAAGUUUAUCAACUGUGAGUUUGCCUAUAAUGACAAUUGGUUCAUCACAUUUGAAUCAGAAGCUGAUGCACAGCAGGCUUACAGAUACCUUAGAGAAGAAGUGAAAACUUUCCAAGGAAAACCAAUUAAGGCAAGGAUAAAAGCAAAGGCAAUAGCUAUAAACACAUUUUUGCCAAAGAAUGGAUAUAGACCUCUGGAUAUGAACCUCUACACGCAGCAGCGUUACACAACGUCCUUUUACUUACCUCCAGUAUACAGUCCUCAUCAGCAGUUUCCAUUGUACAGCUUAAUUGGCCCACAGACCUGGUCAGCCACACACAGCUACCUUGACCCUUCUUUGGUGACACCAUUUCCAAAUACUGGAUUUAUCAAUGGGUUCACAUCUCCAACCUUCAAGCCUGCUGCUUCUCCAUUGACUACACUCAGACAGUAUCCUCCCAGAAACAGGAAUCCUAGCAAGUCUCAUAUACGACAUACAAUACCCAGUGCAGAAAGGGGACCUGGGCUUCUAGACAGUCCUACAAUAUUCAACUUUUCUGCUGAUCGUUUAAUCAAUGGCGUCAGGAGUCCACAGACGCGGCAGCCAGGACAAAACAGGACACGGAUGCAGAACGCUACUACGAGUUACACCAAGAGGGAAGUAGGAACUGGACGGAUGGAACAAAGCAGCGUUGACUCCUCUCCUGGAUUAGGUCGAGGAAGGAAAAACUCAUAUGGCUACCGAAAGAAAAGGGAGGACAAGUUUACAGUGAGCCAAACACAGUCUCCACCACCCCCAAAACCUCCAUCUCCUAGCUUUGAAUUGGGUUUAUCUAGCUUUCCUCCAUUACCUGGGGCUGCCGGCAAUUUAAAGACCGAAGACCUUUUUGAAAACAGACUGUCCAGUGUGGUAAUAGGAACAUCAAAAGAAAGAAACAUUAAUGUGGAUGCAAGUACAAACACUACUCCAUCGGGAAUUCCUCGAGAGCCGUUGUUGCCAGUUUCUUCUACAUUGCCCAGGACAUUGGAAAGGUCUCCUUCGCCAUCCCAGUCUUCUGAUACCAUUGUCCAUACAAUGAAGAAAGUUGUUGUGGACAAACAGCAGAGAGAGACACAGAGUACAGAAAGGCUUUCUUCUUCUUCCACACUCAGCACUGCAUGUAAAUCGGUACAAGUCAACGGGGCUGCCGUAGAACUGCGAAAACCUAGUUAUGCAGAAAUUUGCCAGAGAACAACUAAGGAUCCUCCUACAUUGCAACCCCAGAAAGAACAGAAGCCAAACACUGUAGCAUGUGGGAAAGAAGAAAGAAAGCCCACAGAAACAAUAGAGAAAAACAGAGAACCUCCUCCUGCAAAGUCACAUCCCGGACAACCCAAAGACCAGAGGAGACAGUCAGGACGCAGAUCGUCCCCUCCAGCCGUUGGCAAACGCUUAAAUAAAGAACAGAAUACCCCUCCAAAAUCUCCUCAGUGA